AUGUCUUCAUCGCGAGGCUUUGCCGAUCACAAUGGGGGUGGCUCAAAGCCAUCUUCCACUGGACCUACAAAGAAGGCUGGUUUCGCUUUCCAAUCUCGAGGACGGCCCUCCGAUUCUCCAGCCAGCAAGAGUCGCUCCUUACCCCGUCGCCCACAUCAGCUCGGCCAUGACGAUGACUCCUCCGACGAAGAGCGUGCACCCGUGCACGAAGAAAUCUCGGGCUUUGAUACGCAUACUGGUCGCCAGAUUACCGCCGAUGGGCAAGCUGUUAGGGAUACGAACAAACCACUCGUGAUUCCAGUGACGAGUAAGAAUAACUGGCGCGAUCGCCCGGGCACGAAUGUGAAGAAGGGCAAAAAGAACUUGUUACCGCGUGAAGUGCAGGCUAUGCAAGAAGCGCAAAAGAACGGACAGGCUCCAGCUGGAGGAGCCGUUGAGACCGAAGGCCCGAGCAUGGCGUAUGGUCUUAGCUUCGCUCAGAAACCUUCUGACCAGGAUGGGGAAAGUUCUGCCGUUAAAGAGGACCAGCCUAUGCCUGAUGCGCAACCAAUUUCCAAAGAAGACCAGAAGCCUCUUACGGAAGAUCAGAUUGCUAUGCAAGCUCUGCUGCGAGAGACUACCGGUGAAGUCGAGCGUCGGACAGAUCUUGUGAUUGAAUCCUCUAAGCACGACGAGGAUGAUGAACCUUUAAGACGCCACGAUGAGACCAGCUCUUUCCGAACAGAUGUCGCUUCUCGCCCCGAACCCGCUACUUUGGAUCAGUACAACGCUAUCCCUGUCGAAGAAUUUGGAGCUGCUCUCUUAAGAGGAAUGGGCUGGAAGGAUGGACAGUCUAUCGGGCGUGGUGAUUACAGCUCCAGCACGGCCGCAAAGAAAGCAAAGAAUCCCGGUGUCCCAGAGCGACGCCCGGGGUUCUUGGGAAUUGGCGCCAAGGAUUCUGGAAAGGGCGCCGAAGUGGAGCUUGGUGCUUGGGGAAAGUCGGCCAUGCGCAAAGCAUCUAGGAAACAGGGCGAAGAAAACGAGGGUGGUAGCGUUGAGGGCGUCUACAUGCCUGUUACGAUGCGGAACAAGAAGACUGGCGAGUAUAUCACCGAGGAAGAGCUCGCAGACCUCAAGAAAGAGUCGUCCAAGUCUCAAGUCGACAAGGACGACUGGCGAGAGAGACGGGAUCGCAACCUGGAGAAGAGCGGGCGGGAAAGGGACCGGGACCGGGACCGCGAGUACCGCAAACGCGACUAUGACGACGACCGGUCUGAUCGAAGGAAUGGUUCCUCACGCAGGGAUCGAAGCUCAUCUGCCGGCCGUCAUUCAUCUAGACGCCCAAAAUACGACGAUGACGACAAAGGUCGAAGGGACGAUCGCUCCUAUCAUGACCCAGACCGCGAACGAGAGCGGGAUAGAGAGCGCCGUCGAGAUCGUGAUGAUAGAGAUCAUCGCAAAGAUCGGGACCAGAACGCUUAG